AUGUUUCUCAGAAGUACUCUGCUGGGAAUUCUUCUUUUCAGCAUCCUCUGGACAGAAACUACUCUGGCUGGCUCUAGUUUUUUAAGCCCUGAAUAUAAAAGAUUACAGCAACAAAAGGAUCAAAAAAACCCAACAGCACAAUUACAUCGUCGGGAUGCAGGUGAGGCAGGGGCAGAUGAUGACAAAAACAGUGUUGAAGUUAAGUUUAAUGUUCCCUUUGAAAUCAGUGUCAAGAUAACAGAAGAAGAGUAUCAACAAUAUGGACAAGCACUGGAGAAGAUGCUAGGGGACAUGCUUGAAGAGAAUGCUAAAGGAACUCAGAUGAAAAACCAAGGGAAGAUGAAGGACAAAGACAGCACUGGAUGGCCUGAUUUGGUUUAA